AUGAUCAGGAUUGUGAGAGACUUUGGUCAUCGCACCUCCCAGCUUGCUUGGCAGUCCAGAGUGGCGAUAAAGAUCAAAGUUAGAAGGCUUGCCUUUGUAAUCGUACAACUCCGUGACGAAGUCCUGAGUAUAUUAGAAGGUCGUACUUCUGCAAAUCAUCCGCCGCCUCAACUCUUCCCUGCGCCUCCACCACCUUCCCGUAACCCCUACCCUCACCGUAAUGCGCCUCCCACCAUAGCCCCAAUACCAAAGCGAAUUGCGCAAACCUCCACCGAGCUCAAAAAGCAAUACAAGCAGAGUAGGCCACCUCUCAACGAGCGACAACGGAAACAGCUCGAGCUCGACUUCGAAUUAGACCAGCGCGCCGCCUGCGCACGCGAAGCCGAAGAACGCAGCCAAGCCGCCAAGAAGAAGCGCGAGGAGGGAGAGGCCAAAGAGGCAAGGGCGAGGAAGCAGAUUGGAGUUGGACUUGCAACACAGCUUAUUGGAUACAGCCAUCCACAGGAGCAGCUGAAGAACGAUGCCACCGACAUGGCAAUCGAUCUGCCGGAGCUGAACAAAUCGUCUGGGGAGCAAUGGGCUGAUGACGGCCUGGACGACGACUCCCUCCUCGAAGCACAUGACCUGCUAUUGUCGGGUUCAGUCGAAGGGCCGCAAGCCGUUGUGCAUCCACUACCCAUGCCUGCUCCAGCUCCUUCUACUACACUCACUCCACCUGUUGCGCUGGCCCCACCUAAACCGCUUUUUCAAAAAGAUACGCCGGACUUCAUACGCACGCAUGGGCCGAUCAAUAAGGCGAUCGAGGCCGUUUUGGAUAAGCUGCCUGAGCCUCUUCUUGAACUGCUGUCGCAGGAUAUGUCUUUGAGGACACCAGAUUGGGACCCUCCGCAUGCAUUGCUCCACAAACUGAACCCGAUCGGUCUGCCUCCACACCGACUGUGUGUUAAGGUCGACUGCGUUGUCUCUCUGCUUGGUGGCUCAAACACAAGCAGUCAGUCACCGAAGAGCCAGCACUUGCGCGUCCUGAGAUGCGAGAAGGAUCGCUUGGAAUGUUUGGUCCUAGAUGGACAGCUGGAGGUAACAAAGAUCUUCUUGACCCGAGUGGCUUUUCACGCAAAGUACAGAAACUUCGAUGAGCAUCUCUUCCAGCGCACACAGUUCCCAAUACGCGUCGCAGCCGACUACACGCCGUCUAGCCUGCUACGAGACACAUCGCAAACUGGAUUCAAGCUGCCCUCAAUACGUGGUUGUAUGCCACCUGCAAGCUUUCCCAGGAAAACCACACCACCUGUCGCAAAGGCAAAGUUACAAGCAGACCAGAGAACAGGCUUCACGCUACCUGGUCUUCCGGCGUCGAAAUCGAGCUCGUUUCUCCCAUCCAAGCUUAUACCCACCAACAUAUCUACGACACUUAUAUCGCAGUCGAUGACGGAUGGAUGGGAUGACUUUCUCGAGAGUGGUACUCAGAUCGCCCGAGAGCUUGCUUCUGAACCAGCUCUAAAAGCCAAUGUACAGUCAUGGCCCCUCUUUACCGCACCAGCUUCAAUAACUGAUUUCCUUCCACCGAUGUCCACUCAAGACCUUGACUUCUCGCUGGAAGAUCCGGACGAUAAACCUGAGCUUGAACCCAAGCCUGGAUCCAAGAUAUCCAAACUAGCCGCUGGUCCAUCGCCGUACGAACUGGUCAACGCAAUGCCUGCGCCUCCACCUGCAAGCCCGGUAGCUCCUCACUCUGCGCUGACUGCGACGAAGUCGGUAGUAUCUGUGCAAUCACUAGUGCAAUCAAUACCUGUUCAAGCUACACAGCAUCAUGGCAAGACAGUACCAGCGCCUCCACCAGCCAAACUCCUGAUCAGAUACCAGAAAGCUGCAAAUGCUACUGCCCACGCGAAGACACCGACACGUCAACUCUCGACUGCUAAUACCAGUAAGCCGUUGAUGUCGACCAGGAAGAUAGCCGGGAAGUGUCUUCAUCCAGGCCCCUUUGCUACAGGACUCAAAGCUGAACUUGCGAAGCUCAGAGCUUCGCAACUACCAAAGUCAAUGACUGGGCCAUAUGCGAAACGUAAAUCCACAACAACACCUUCUUUAGGCCCUUCUCAGCCCACAAAGAGGCAAUGCGGUCCAACGUCGCGCCCGGUACUGCCAGCAUCAUUUGAGGACUUCGGCCUGUCGACGCAGGACGCAGCUUCGUUUUUCGACGACGACCGCUUGAGCUCUGAAUCCCCGCCGAUCCCCGUUUGA